CUCCUCCUCAGCCGGCCGCCUUCCCCGCUGCACAUCGGGCACCUCUGUUUCGUAGGGGACGUGGAAGUUGCUGCCUCCGACAUUGACACCGGUUUUGCUUCUUGAAGAUCUCCGGCGGGCUGUGCUUGGUGCUUUUUUUUUUUUUUUUAAACUUGAUUUUAAGCCAUUAGGGUAACAUCAAGAUGUCCAGCAGCGUUCCAGCUGAUAUGAUAAAUUUGCGCCUCAUCUUGGUAAGCGGGAAAACGAAAGAGUUCCUAUUUUCACCGAACGACUCUGCUGCAGAUAUCGCAAAACAUGUGUAUGACAACUGGCCAAUGGAUUGGGAAGAAGAACAAGUCAGCAGUCCAAAUAUCUUGCGGCUUAUUUAUCAAGGGAGGUUUCUUCAUGGCAAUGUGACACUAGGAGCAUUAAAACUUCCUUUUGGCAAAACAACAGUGAUGCAUUUGGUGGCUAGAGAGACAUUGCCAGAGCCAAACUCUCAAGGUCAAAGGAACCGUGAAAAAACUGGAGAAAGCAAUUGCUGUGUAAUCCUGUAAACCCUGUUAGCUUUACCUGCUAAGUGUGAUGUAAUAUAGUCUUUGUCUUUCAUGCUGCUGGAAUAGAAGAGGCCCUACCUUGCUUCAAACACCUGUAGGAAGAGCCUGUCUGUAAAUCCAUGGAACUGAAAUAUUACACGAACACUGUCUCAUUAGUCUUUUUUUUUUUUUUUUAAAGAGAAAGAUCUAUGAACACUUUCAUUGUUUGUUUAUUUUUUUAAAUUCCUGCUUUUUGUUUGUUGAAUAAUCUUACAGUACAUCAGUUCUCAAAAGAAUUCAAUCUCCAGAAAAGUUAAUGUGUUCUUUUCCAUAGCAGGAAUCAUUUUGCUACCACAAAAAUCUCCAUUAACCGGAUCUGACCAGUCAAGCUUUCUAGAUGCAAUUUGCACUAAAUAUGGUUGACAGUAUAUUUCUCAUCAACAAUCUCUAACAAUAUUUGAGACACCUAGUAAUAACCUACAAUGUAUAAUGCAACACUGGAAAAUAGUAUAUCUAUAAUUAAAUCUCACUUAUGGCCAAAUCAAAGGAAAAAGUGUUAAGUCAAUUCUACCUAAGUCAACCUUGGUGGCCGAACUGGCACAGAAUACUAACUAAACCAAGUCUAACUAUAUAUAUUUUCACUGCAACAAACAAACAAACAAAAAACUAUGUGCCUGUAAUUUAAAAGCACUCUGUAGAGGGCUGAUGAAACUGAUUUUUUCGUUACUGCAUGCACUCUGAUCUCGUACGUUAGUUGAGUGCUUAUUCAGACAGCACAAACCAGUGCAGAGAGUGCAUUUCCUAGCCUUAAUAUGGGAGGGGUAAUUUCCUGUAGUUCAUAGGCUUUUAUUAUUGUGCAUAAAUAUUAGAAAACAUCAUUUACUAAUCAAUUUUAUGUAUUUGAAUAUUGGCAAUUGGUGUUUUUCAGUCAUUUUCUCAUUGUACCUUAGUGUCCAGUGUCAUGCUUACUCAUUAGAGACUUCAAACUUAUUAAAGUUUAAAAAGCAAAAAGAAAAACCUCUGCCAUAGUACUAGUUUUGUUUCUUUACGUAAUCUGCAUUUGGUAUUAGUGCUUGCAAUUGUAUUAAAAUCAGAAGCUGAUUUUUGAAGGCAUACAUAAUUAAAAAGGAUGCCAUUCUUUUAUUUCAUAUCAAUAAUUUAAAUGUUGAUAUGCUAAAGAAAUUUGCACAGCACUAAAGCAUGAGCUAGUUUCAUCUAAACCUGUAAAAAAUAAAAAUAAAUAAAAAUAAAAAAAAAUAUAAAAGAUUUUAUAUUUUUUCACUGGGGAGGAAUUCUUCCUGGGUGAAAUUACAAAUAUGUGUAGAAUAUAUUUAAUAAAAAUCUUAUAAAAUACAUAACUAUAGAAGUUAAAUAUAGAUUGGCGUGUAGUAUAAUAGAACAAUAUUCCAUAUAAAUAGCUUUAGCCUUUAAAAAAAAAUGAGUCACAGGUUGACAUUGUGUUCUGUACUUAAGUGUCCACAACUCUUACAGAUGUUCUGUGUAAUCGUUUUUUCGAAUGAUUGGCAUCAUUCAAAUGUAAUCAGGUUAUUUUAUUCAUUGUUACUGCUUUGAUGAAAUGCUUUAUAUGCAGUAGAUUUACAAAAAUAUUGUUCAUACUGAUCAGAAUUAAAUUUGUAUAGAGCAGAGUUUUAAAACAAAUUGUAAAUAGCACUAAACAUUUUCUUUCUGCAACCUGUACUGAUAGACUCUUCUGUAAACUAAAUAAAAGAAUAUUGUAGUGCA